AUGACGGACGAACAAGAAAUCAUGUGCAAGUUAGAAAACAUACUUGAAGUACGGAACAAAACAGUCCAAAUGCAGAAGAUCAAGUCUCGUCUGAAGAUUGAGUUUGAGGCAUUGGAAUCUGAAGAGAAGCAUCUAAAAGAGUACAAGCAAGAAAUGGAUCUCCUCCUGCAGGAAAAGAUGGCACAUGUUGAGGAGCUCCGACUCAUACAUGCAGAUAUCAAUGUGAUGGAGAGCACAAUCAAGCAGUCUGAAAAUGACCUGAACAAGCUGCUUGAAACAACUCGUCGCCUUCAUGAUGAGUACAAACCUCUGAAGGAGCAUGUUGAUGCACUGAGAAUGACUUUGGGACUGCACAGACUGCCUCACCUCAAUGAAGAAGAGGAGAAGCUCUCUCUGGAUUACUUUGAGAAGCAAAAAGCAGAGUGGCAAAAGGAGCCUCAUGAGCCAGCCAUCCCAGAAUCCCUAGCUGCCGCUGCAGCAGCAGCGCAGCAGCUUCAGGUGUCCCGUAAACAAGAUGCCCGUCAGACGGCCACUUUCCGACAACAACCACCACCCAUGAAGGCUUGCCUGUCAUGCCACCAGCAGAUUCACCGCAAUGCACCUAUCUGCCCCUUGUGCAAGGCCAAGAGCCGCUCACGCAACCCUAAGAAGCCCAAAAGGAAACCGGACGAGUAG